AGCACAGUCAGCGGUUUCUUUUUUUUUUUCUUUUUUUUUCUUUUUUCUGCACAGAAAGCGAAGCUUCUCUUUUCCAUCAUUACUACUCUCUCCAAACUUUUCCCACCAUGUCCCCUGCAUUUAUCUCUACUUGACCUCCCUCAGUUGCGCAAUACAACAUACACAAGCAACAUUCAACUUUUUCCCUUUUUUUUUUUCUUUUUUUUUUAAAAAAAAAUAUAUUUUGAAAAAUGGAGUUUGAUAAUAUUGGAAAACCAUUAACAAGCUUCCAAGAACACUAUCCUGAUACUAUCCCAGAUCUCUUUGCUUCUGAAAAUGAUCAUAUGCCCUCUCAAAGCUUCUCAACAAGUCCCUCUAAAACCAGAGAUUUCUAUGUUUCCUUUCGCCGAGAAGCCAUUUCUCUCAUUUUUCAGGCACAGUUUUCCUGCAACUUUGACCCCUUUGUUUCGUACCUUGCUGUAAAUUACAUGGAUCGGUUCGUUUCCAAGCAAGAAAUUACGCAAGAAAAGCCAUGGCUUUCAAAACUCCUUGUGGUGGCUUCCAUUUCUCUCGCAGCAAAGAUGAGCAACUCUCCCUUUUCUCUCUCCCAUAUUCAGGGUGAAGAAGGUUUCAAUUUUGAUGCACAAACAGUUCACAAAAUGGAGGUUCUCAUUCUUGAUACUUUGAGUUGGCGGAUGAGAUCCAUAACUCCUUUCUCAUUUUUGUGUUUCUUUGUCUCCUUGUUCGAGCUAAACGACCCAACAUUAACGCAAGCUCUUAAAGAUCGAGCUUCAGAGACCAUCUACAGUGCUCAUAAUGAAAUGAAGUUUUUAGAAUUUAAACCAUCUAUAAUUGCGGCAUCAGCAAUUCUCUCUGCUUCUCAUGAGCUAUUCCCUUUGCAAUUCUCUUCCUUCAAAGCUUCAAUUUCAGAUUGCCAAUACGUAGACACUGAGAGCUUGUUGAAAUGCUUGAAUCUGAUGCAAGAAAUGGUGAUGAUGCAAGGCUACGAAUCAAUUCUAGAAACGGUGUCAAGCUCAAGAACACCAAUGAGUGUGCUGGACCGUCAUUUCAUGAUGACCAACUCAGAAAGCGAUAACACCUGCAGUAAUACGACCACCACAACUACAACGGACGCCAUUGCAGUAGCAGAGAAGAGACAAAUCAAGCGGCGUAAAUUGAGUGAUUUUUGUAGUAAAAGUGGGUUCCAGAUUUCACAGAGUAAUCAGUGGUGAGUUGCAAUGAGACAAAGAAGCUGGUCCAUCUCUAGUAAGAUUUGUUCCCAGCAACAUUGAAACAGAGAGGCUCUGAUAUUUAGCAGAACAAAUGGAUCUGUUAUAUGAUAUCAGGUUAUUACCGUACCACUCCUCUCUCUCAUCCUUUCAUACCCUGUUAAAAAAAAAAAAAAAACAAAAACAAAAAAAAACUAUAAUUAUCGAAAAUAUAAAAUAAUCUUUUUGUUUCAUUGGGUUUUGAGUAUGCAUUUAGACUGGGAUUUUGAUCGACAAAUCAUGCGGUUUGAAUGUUGAAUAAAAUAUGUGUUUUUGCA